AUGCAGAGAAUUGAUCAAAUGAAGCCAGUUACAUGCAAAGGACUGAGGUGGCAAGUAUUAUUUUCCUUCUUGUUUUCCUGGCUGUGUCAUAUUGUCUCUGGUCAGAUUCGUUAUUCCAUUGCUGAAGAAAUGAGAAAAGAUUCUGUUAUAGCAAAUAUUGCAAAGGAUAUUGGAUUAGAUAUUAAUCAGCUCUCAUCUAGAAAACUGAGAAUUGUGUCUCGAGACUCAGAGAAAUAUUUUUAUGUGAAUGGUGAUAAUGGCAAUCUGUAUGUUAAGGACAGGAUAGACAGAGAGGCACUGUGUGGGGCAUCGGCUACCUGCUUCCUAACCUUUGAUGUUGUGGUUGAAAAUCCUUUCAAUAUUUUCAAAGCAAAAAUAGAAAUUCAGGAUAUUAAUGAUAAUUCUCCAGUGUUUUAUUCUGAGACUUUCACUAUAGAGACUAUUGAACUAACAUCACCAGGAACAAGAUUUGCAUUACAAAAUGCAGAAGAUCUGGAUAUUGGAGUUAAUUCAGUACAGACAUAUGAGCUCAGUGACAAUCCACAUUUUACACUAAGCCAGAAGCUUAGCAGUGAUGGAUUCCAAUCUCUGGAGCUUGUGUUGGAAAAAUCACUGGAUCAAGAAUUACAAAAUGUUCAUGAACUGAUUUUAACUGCUCUGGAUGGAGGAAAUCCUGUGAGAACUGGAACAGCUAUAUUACGAAUCAUUGUUACUGAUGUUAAUGAUAAUUUCCCAAUAUUUUCCCAUAAAAUAUACAAAGUUAGUGUGAUUGAGAAUAGUCCAGUAAGUACUACUAUAAUCAAUGUGAAUGCAACAGACAAAGAUGCUGGGACAAAUGGAGAAAUCCUUUAUUCCUUCAGCAAAACCUCAGGAAAUGUCCAUCCUUCUGGCCUUUUUAGCAUUGAACCCAAAAGUGGUGACAUUAAAAUAAACAAAAUGUUAGAUUAUGAAGAGACAAGGAAUUAUGAAUUGUCUGUUCAAGCUAAGGAUGGAGGAGGGCUUGUUUCUCAUUGUAAGGUUUUGAUAGAAGUGAUAGAUGAGAAUGACAAUGCCCCAGAGAUAUCCAUUACCUCAUUAUAUUCACCCAUUCCUGAGGAUUCUGUACCUGGAACAAUGAUAGCUCUCAUUGAAGUUCAUGAUAUAGAUGCAGGAGAAAAUGGACAGCCUGACUGUAACAUUUUUGAAGAAUUACCUUUUAGUUUGAUAUUCUCAUCUGAUAGCUAUUACAGAAUUGUGACUACAAGUAAUUUGGACAGAGAGACAGUAUCUAGUUACAACAUCAUAGUCUUAGCUAGAGACAGAGGGUCUCCUCCUCUUUCCAGUAGAAAAAUGAUCAGACUGGAGAUUUUAGAUGUUAAUGACAACCCACCAGUUUUUAUGAAAUCGCAUCAUGUUGCUUAUGUACCAGAGAAUAAUCUACCUGGAGCUUCUAUCUACAGAGUACAAGCUUCAGAUCCAGAUUAUGGAGAAAAUGCUAAAAUUAUAUAUUCAGUGUACAGUGAAGAAUUAUCAGUAUCCUCCUAUUUUUCUGUCAACAUGGAAAAUGGAGUCCUCUAUGCUCAAAGAUCGUUUGACUAUGAACAGCAUAAGGAAUUCAUAGUACAACUUAAUGCCAGAGACAAUGGUUCUCCAUCACUUAGCAGCAAUUCAACAUUGAUAAUCCGCAUAGUGGAUCACAAUGACAAUAAACCACACAUUUUGUAUCCAUAUCCAGAAAGUGGGGGAUCAGCUGUGUUUGAGAUGGUUCCUUUUGCCUCAGAACCAGGAUCUUUAAUAACAAAGGUGGUUGCAGUGGAUGCAGAUGUUGGGCACAAUGCUUGGCUGUCCUAUCAUUUCAUACAAAUAUCAGAACUCUCUUCCUUCACCAUCAAUGAACAUACUGGAGAAAUCAGGACAUCACGUCUUUUUCAGGAAAAGGAUAUACUAAAACACAAGGUUGUGGUUAUGGUGAAGGACAAUGGAGUCCCAUCUCUCUCGGCUACAGUCACUUUAAAUCUUUUUAUUGCAGAUAGUUUUGAACAGAUAGUUCCUAAAAGAAUCAAUCAGAUCAAUGAAGAUCAUCAAACUAAUCUGCAGUUGUAUUUAGUAAUUGCCUUAGCCAUCAUUUCCUUCUUAUUUAUUAUUACUGUAAUGUUAGUCUUAAUUUCAAAAUGCAAGCAAUCAAAACCCACUUCUCUUGGACCUCUAAAUGCAAAUUUGUAUCCAACAGUCGAUCCCAGAAUACUCUCUAUGUACAGUGAUGGAACUUUAACUCUUCCCUAUUCAUACAAUGUUUGUGUGGCAUUGGAUUCAUGUGAAGAUGACUUUACUUAUGUACAAUCCAAACAAGAAGUUCCUGUAGAUAAUCUAAUUGAUGCUGAUGACUCAGGACUUGGAAAUCAAAGCGGGAAGGAUACAUCCACCAGUGCAAUACAGGUGAGUAAACAGUAA